AUGUCUGUAUCAGGAACAGGAGAUAAGGAUUUUAUUAGUUUGAACCGACUGGAAGAGAUAAAGAUGGCGGCUGCAAGCAAUGAGUUUAUACUCAUUGGUCCCAGUGAUAAUAAGGGCUAUAAUCCCUCCGCUGUCACUCUCUCAUGCCGUCUGUCUCCUGAAGUCAGUGCUGUUAACAUGGAGAUCCGGUGGUUUAAGGGCACAGACUGUGUUUGUGUCUAUAAGAACAGACAGGAGACAAAGGGGAGAGGUUACGAGGGCAGAGCGAGUCUGAUCACUCAGGAGCUGGAGAAAGGAAACGUCUCCUUACAGCUGAGAGACUGCACAGGUUCAGAAUUAAGACAUUACCUGUGUCAGGUCUCUGAUGGACACAGAACAGAGGCGAUUACAUUAGAGAUGAGAGCUAGCACAUGGGAGGAUUCUGGAGUUGAUCAACAGAGGAGAGAAGAAGCAGCAAUUCUCCUCUUUUCACUUCAAGGUCAUGGUGACCGUGAUUGGCUAAAUGUUGAGUUUGACCACUCUGAAAGUGUCGACUAUAUCCUGGUAAUCCAGGUUGACUUUUGA